AUGCUGGGCGCCGCGGCUCCCUUCCUCCGCCCGCAGAGACGGGCCUGGCCCGAGGGCCCGGCCGGCGGCCGCCCCCCGCGGGAGCCGCGCGCGCAGGCGGUGGCCGUUGGCGCCGCUCGCGCUCGCUCCUCAGCGGCGGCGCCCGAGGAGAGGCGGCGGCGGGUGGCCCCGCUGGCGGCGGCGGCGGCCCCGCCGGCCGAGGCGGGAGAGGAGCCGCUCCUCAGGGGCAUCUUCGAGAUCAGCAAGAGGAGCUGCGACGUGGUGCUGAGCGCCCGGCGGCUCCGCUGGAGCCCCAUCCUGCCCGAGAGCCCCACAGGUGAUUCCAGUAUGGUUUUACAGGCUCAAGAGGAGAUUAUUGAAAUGAAAGAUGUAUUUUCAGUAAAACUGAAACGUCGUCGUUUUGUAGGGCAGAAAAAAGGUGGUACUUUGUUGGGUAUCACAAUUUUUAAAUGCUUGAAUAAAGAAGAGAAUAAACUAACAGACUGUGCUAUCCAUUUAAAUAACUUAAGUGAAGAUCAUUGUCAUUCCUGGUUUAGACAUCUAAAGGAAAUUUUGAAUGGCUUUCAGAAUAGACCAAAAUCCUUAAAAGUGUUUGUUAAUCCAAGCAGCCACAAAAGAGAAGCCACUCAUGUUUAUUAUGAACAAGUUGCACCUCUUUUUAAGCUUGCUGACAUCAAAACUGAUGUCACAGUAACUGAAUAUGAAGGACAUGCUCUCUCAGUACUUAAAGAAUGUGAACUCCAGGCAUUUGAUGGGGUAGUUUGUGUCGGUGGAGAUGGAUCUGUCAACGAAGUUGCUCAUGGUCUACUACUUAAAGCCCAGAUAGAUGCUGGAAAAGACACAGACUAUAUACCAAUGCCUGUCAGAGCACCGGUUCCUCUUGGAGUAAUACCAGCAGGUACUACUAAUAUCUUGGCCUACACUCUCUAUGGUAUUAAGCAUGCAGUGACUGCAACGUUGCACAUUGUAAUGGGACAUAUUCAACCAGUAGAUGUCUGUACUUUCAGUACUGCAAGCAAGCUUUUGCGGUUUGGGUUCUCAGCUAUGUUUGGUUUUGGUGCAAGGACUCUAGCUUUGGCUGAAAAACACCGUUGGAUGCCCUCCAAUCAGCGGAAAGAUUUUGCUUUUAUCAAAACACUGGCAGAUCUCAAGCCAGAGGAAUGUGAAUUAUCAUUUCUACCUCUACAAAUUCCACAGGAAAACUCUCAUGAGAGUGACAGAAAGAAGAAAGAGAAAAUUAAAAAAAAGGGUAGCAAGGAUCAAUGGCACAAAAUUCAGGGUCACUUCCUGAAUGUGAGCAUUAUGGCAAUCCCUUGUCUGUGUUCAAUGGCACCAAGAGGCUUGGCACCUAAUACGAGGUUGAAUAAUGGAAGCAUGGCUCUUAUUGUUGUACAAAAUACUUCUCGAACAGGGUUUAUAAAACAUCUGAAAAGAUAUGCCAGCGUAAAAAAUCAGUUCAAUUUUCCCUUUGUUGAGACCUACACAGUUCAAGAAGUAAAAGUACAACCAAGGCUUAAAAGUGGGCUUGAUGCCAAAGAAAAUACAUAUUUGAACGCUGCUUCUGCAGAAGGAAAUUACCCUUGGAAUAUAGAUGGAGACUUAAUGAAAGAAGCAUCAGAAGUUCAUGUUCGGGUGCAUCCUCAACUUAUUAAUCUCUAUGGAGUGAACACCGAUGACCUGGAGAGUUCCCAAGCAUCAUGCAAUUGCAUAUAGAAGGGACACACUGCAAGUUCUGUGUUAAAGAAUCCUUUUCUCACCUCUAUGCGCAGCUUUCCAAGGUCCUAGUCUUUCACUCACUGAAUUCAGUUGUUGUAGCAGAAGCUUAACUGGGAUGUUUGUUAUAUUUCUGGUUUUAAAUUUUUAUCACGUUAUAUAUUUUUAGCAGGUUGUAUUUAACUGUAAAGAAACUGUUAGGCUUAACAAGAAAAAAAUGAAAACUGAUUAUAUUGGUCUCUUACAAAUUUGGGUUUCAA